GAAGAAUUUCGGCUGAACAUUUAGAUGGCGACGCCACGUAAAAUAUUUAUAUAGGACAGCCAUGAAGGUUCACCAGUUUGACCUACCAGUUUUAUUAGUGUGUCUUUUGUAUAUAGUAAAUGUUCAAAGUUUGCGAUGUUGGCAUUGUAUAGCGGAUGAUUGUGGUGAAGAUCCCUCUGACAAUUAUAAGGCUUCGGGAAAGCUAUGUAAUCCUGGACAAUCUUGUCAAAAAGUGUAUUUUGAAAUGUUAGAAGAGUCAGAUGAUGGAAUACCCGUUGCUGUGCAUACUUCAACAGUCCGCGGUUGUUCAACUAACUGUAUCGACAGAAAUGAUUUCACAAAUUGUACAAAUAAAUUAAAGACAUCACGUGGUUGUGUUCGUAAAUACUGUUGCAAUGAUGGGGAUUUAUGUAACAAUACAACUCAAAUAACUUAUAAUCUUUAUCCUGUGAUAUUCAUAGUGUGCCUUUAUGUUGUAUUGACUUUUGUAUCAUAGUUUGGGGACCUUUAUAUUAAAAAUAUGUCAGAGUUAAAUCGUAUACAUAUACAUGCACAGUACGUUAACUGGAGUGCAGGUAUUCAUUACCCGCACUUCAGAGCAUGCCCAUUGAUUGGCUAAUGUUUUCUGAGGUUUACUUUUUGACGACUGGGGUAAGAAAUAUCACAUUCAGAUGCUCGUUUGCUGGGGUUUCAUAUUGUGGCAACAGGGAAAAUGUUUUAUUUGUGCCUAUGAUACAAAACAGAAAGAACAUCAAAACACUCGGCAAUCAAAUAGCCUCGUGUUUCUGUGUUCUUUCUAUAAUUUGUAAUAUAGGUAUUGCUUUUUGUUAUAGUUUGCUGAGUACUUUUUAAUACGUU